ACAGCUCUUGCGCUCAUCAUGAACCCAGACAAGCCACACCAGGAAGAUACCGCAGGCCAGACAGAUGAAGCUGUAAAUGAGAACGACCAGGGCGACACCCAACACACCGGGCGGAAGCUGGUCCAUCAUGCCGGCGCUGGUGAGGGGGGAAGCGGAAGAAUCGAGUGAGAUCAGGAACCAAGACGAAAGUCUGCAGCAGGGCUGACAGGUAUACCUGAACUCGAGGGCGUUCCAUGGCGCCGGGUCAUACAGCAGCCACUGUCAGCCACGACCAGGGUGCCCAAGAAGAAGAGGAAAACCGGCGUCGCAAAACAGCAAUUCCCGGCUGCCGAAGGAGCUGGAUUGGGGCGGAACGGAGCUUCAUCCUGUCUGAGCACAAGGUCGUGCUGACUAUUUGGGCUUGGAGUCGAACACUAGCUCUGUGCCUGGUGGGGUCGCGGACGCGCGGAGGCCAUAUGCACCAGUCUGCUUUGCAGUUGGGUUGGUAUCGUCGGCGCAUCGCAUCUGCUGAAACACCCUGGCUGACAUGUACUGUGUACAGGGCAGGGGGCGGGUGUGCAGAUCACAUCGAGCCUGCAACCCAAGAUCGCACGGGCCAAGGCUGUCUGGGAUCCCGGGCCGGCAAUGUUCUUCCCAACCGAGGACACCGCACAAGGACAGAGCACUCCGUAACUUCAUCCGCCCAAAAAGUAUUUGGCGACUUGGGAUUGCUCAUGCCAAGGCGCAUUCAGACGAAUAAUCGUUGCCCGACUGGCGGAAAGGAUAGGAAAUUCGCAUGAAACAUGGCAAUACCUCAACCGCAGCAAAAAAGUUCGAGAAGCUGGCGAGAAACCGGAUAGUUCUGGGCGGGGUGGCUGGAAGGAGCGACACUUGCGAAGCUAGGCACAGAAGCUCCAUCGCGGCGAUUGAUCCUUCGGUCUUAGCGUCGGUGUCAG